AUGACCCGCUCAUCCCAUGUUCAAGCGCUCCUAGGUUCAGAUUUGUAUAACAAGCUCAGAGAAACUCCGGUGUUGGUCGUGGGAGCUGGAGGGAUAGGGUGUGAGCUAUUGAAGAAUCUUGUCUUGGUCGGUUUUGCCAAUAUCGAAAUCAUCGACCUGGACACCAUCGACCUCUCCAACCUCAACAGACAAUUCCUCUUCCGCAAACCUGACAUCUCCAAGUCUAAAGCUCUCGUCGCUGCUGUCUCUGCAAAACAUUUCAACCCGUCUUCCGGGAUCAAGAUCCACGCUAGACAUGGGAAUGUGAAAGAGGGUCAAAAUGAUCUGGAAUGGAUCCAGUCGUUCGGUUUAGUCAUGAACGCUUUGGACAAUAUGGACGCUAGGAGACAUGUCAAUAGAUUAUGUCAAGCGGCAGGUGUACCGUUGAUUGAAUCUGGUACGGCUGGUUAUGCUGGUCAGGUAACUCCUAUCAUCAAAGACAAAACUGAAUGUUUUGACUGUACAUCUAAACCUGUACCAAAAUCGUUCCCAGUUUGUACCAUCCGUGCCACUCCUUCAGAACCCAUCCAUUGUAUCGCUUGGGCUAAAAGCUACCUCUUCAAUAAGCUCUUUGGGGAAGACGACGAAGCUGGAGAAGAGGAAGAAUUAGAACGCGCCAAAGCUCAAGGGGAGAAUGCCAAUGAAGUGGAUAAUCUCAAAAAGGAAGCUGCGGCGUUUAGAGAAGUUCGUAGAAGUUUAGGGGAGCAAGAUGGUCCGGAGAGUGUGUUCCGAAAGGUGUUCAAAGAAGAUAUCGAGAGGUUGUUGAAGAUGGAAGAUAUGUGGAAAGUCGCGGGAAGGGUCAAGCCGGUAGCUUUAGAAAUGGAAAUGAUCAAAACAGGAGAGUUUGUCGUGCCACCUUUACGGGUUGCUAUUCCUUCGGGAGUACAGAAUGGGGGUCCUAGGACGAAAGGCAAGGCCAACGGAGAGAACGGAACGAAUGGUUCGGCUACCGCGAAAGAGACAUCAAGCGGAUUGAAAGAUCAAAGGGAAUUAUCUGUGAAAGAUAAUUUGGAUUUGUUCAUUGACAGUUGUCGUCGUCUCACCACUCGUAUCAUCGCUGCACCAUCCAUUCCAUUAUCUUUUGAUAAAGACGAUGAUGACACUCUCGACUUUGUAGUCUCAACAUCCAACCUCCGUUCCAUAGCUUAUGGUAUCCCCACUCGAACUCGAUUCCAAAUCAAAGAAAUGGCAGGAAACAUCAUCCCCGCUAUAGCCACCACCAACGCCAUCGUAGCCGGUUUGAUCGUCAUGCAAGCUCUCAACGUUCUUUCGAAGAAUUUAGACAAGAGUAAUAACGUAUGGCUUCGAGCGGACGCCAUGAGACCUUUGAGACCUGAAAAACCUUCGGACCCCAAUGAGAAAUGUGCGGUAUGCAGAGAUGUAUAUGUAAAGUUUGGAGUGGAUGUGAGGAGAUGUACAUUAGGAGAGUUUGUGAAUAAAGCGAGUAAAGUUGGAGAUGAGGGAGAUGAAGAAGAGAUUAAUUGGAUAAUCAUGGAAGGAGGAAGGGUCUUAGCUGAUCCUGAUUUUGAAGAUAAUCAUGAACGUACAUUUGAAGAUUUAGGAUUAUCAAGAGGAAAGAUGAUUACAGUUGAGGAUGAAGAUGGGGUUUAUAGACCUGUUCAUUUUUGUUUGGUGGAAUUGUGA